AUGGCUGAUCAGAGUAAUAAUGAUGUUAUAAUGGAAGCUUCAAAAAAAGAUCCUAUUGAAAAUAAAAAUAUUAUCAAUAAUCCAGGGGUAUUAACAAUGUAUGAUGCAGAUCCUUUUUUUAAUCUUAAAGAAGAAGUAGAAGUUAUUAAAAAAAGAAUUGAAGGGUAUGUUAAGAGGUUGACAGAUGACUGGAUUCCAUCAUUAGCAACAUGUUUAUUUUCUGAAAAAGAACUUCUUGAAGUUAUCUAUCGAGUUAGGGAAACAUUUUGGAUGCAGCCAUUGUUAAUUCAUACGGCUGCUGAUAUCAUUGUUGUUGGAGAUAUUCAUGGACAAUUUGAGGAUCUUAUUGCAUUAUUAAAUUAUAAUGGUUAUCCACCUAAAACUAGAUAUGUCUUUCUUGGUGAUUAUGUUGAUAGAGGACCUUUUUCUAUUGAAGUCAUUAUAUUAUUAUUUUCAUUAAAAAUAUUGUAUCCUGAAGAUAUUAUACUUUUAAGAGGUAACCAUGAAUCAAGACCAGUCAAUACACAAUACGGAUUUUUGUCUGAAUGUAAAAAAAGAUACUCCACUCAUCUUUAUGACAUUUUUCAAACAGCUUUUGCCAAUAUGCCAUUUUGUGCAUUAAUUGAAAAAAAAAUUCUUUGUAUGCACGGUGGAAUAUCAGAAGAUUUAACGGAAUUUGAACAAUUUGAUCAAAUAGAAAGACCUUGUGAUAUACCUGAUCUUGGAUUAUUGGCUGAUUUAACAUGGGCAGAUCCUGAUUCUAAUAUUGACCAGUAUGAUGAGUCACCUCGUGGGGCAGCCAGAGUUUUUGGUACAACAGCAUUAAAACAAUUUAUGAGUGUUCUUCAAAUAGAUUUAGUUGUCAGAGCUCAUCAAAUGGUUCAAGAUGGUUUUGAAUUUUUUGGUGAUAGAAAAUUGGUUACAAUUUUUUCGGCACCACAUUAUACGGGACAAUUUAAUAAUAACUCUGCUGUAAUGAAAGUAUCAAAAGAUUUAAAAUGUAGUUUUAUUAUUUUUAAACCAUUAGAUAUAAAAUCAGAUGAAUUAUAA